CCGAGGAGAGGACGGAAACAGGAACCACAGUAGUGUGCAAGAAUAAGACAGGAGCUGCCCUUCUGGAGGAGGAUCACGUCGGAGUUCUUCACACAUGCUAAGCUCAGGGACAAUGGAUGAAUUCGUUACCGAAGAAGAAGAGCCUUGGUACGACCAGCGGGACCUGGAGCAGGACCUGCACUUGGCUGCGGAGCUUGGAAAAACAUUGCUGGAAAGGAACAAGGAGCUGGAGGACUCCCUGCAGCAGAUGUACAUCACCAAUGAAGAGCAAGUGCAAGAAAUUGAGUACCUAUCAAAGCAGUUAGAAGUCCUCCGGGACAUGAAUGAGCAGCAUGCAAAAGUAUACGAGCAGCUGGAUGGAACGGCAAGAGAGCUCGAACGCACCAACCAAACACUUGUGAUUAACAGCAAGGCCUCGCAGCAAAAGAUCGAGAGGUUAACAGGGACCAUUGAGACGUUGCAGAAUCAGGUGGAGUCCCUCACAGGACAGGUGGAUCAGCUUCGCUCCAUGGAAAAGCUGAGAGUCAAGAGGGAGAAGAGGGAAAGACGCAAGACCAUUCACUCCUUCCCUUGCCUGAGGGAACUUUGCACGGCACCCAGGUACGAGGAUGACUUUGUGGUGGGCAGGGCUGAAAGCUUCUCUGUGGAGGCGAAGCGUCAGCCGUUUGAAGAGGAGAACCAGCACCUGAGGGAGGCCGUGUCGGCUCUACGAGCGGCUAUCCGGACGGAGAGGGGUCGUCGAGAGGGUGUGGAGAAGGAGUGCAACUUGCUACUCGCUGAUUUCUCUCGUCUGCAAACACGUGUGCAGGAUGCUGAGAGCUGCCAGGCGAGGGUGCGGGAGUUGGAGGUGGAGCUGCAGGAGCUGCAGCAGCUCCGCCGCGCCCGAACUUUCCUCCUUGGAAACGAAGAUGACGGCGUCACACUCACCCAGACCGUUCUCAACAACACCCCGGAGACUGACACCUUCCUGGAGGGUGAUGUCUUGGAAACGGGAGGAGGCGUGAGAGAAGAGGCGGACGGAGGAACCGGCGUGGGUGGGGAAACGCUUCCCGAGUCAAACCCUGUGAGGAAAAGCUGCAGCGACACUGCGCUCAACGCCAUUGUUGCUCGGGAUGCAUCCGGCCGCAGGAGAGGAAGCUACGCUCUCCACGCCAACAGUGUGAGGAAGCGAGGCAUGUCCAUCCUCAGGGAAGUGGAUGAGCAGUAUCACGCUUUACUGGAGAAAUACGAGGAGCUGUUGGGAAAAUGUCGACGCAACGAGGACAGCCUCUGUCACGCCGGGGUCCAGACCUCCCGACCCGUCUCUCGGGACCCUUCCAUGAAGGACUGCGCCAUGGGCCACACCCCUGCGCCGCCACCGACCCCCACCCAGUCCCCCUCAACACCGGAGGCCAUUGAGAUGAUUGGCAAGCAAGUGGAGGCGGUGGAUAAGCGUCUGGGACAGAACACUCCAGAGUACAAGGCUCUCUUCAAGGAGAUAUUCUCUCGGAUCCAGAAAACCAAGAUGGAUAUUAAAGCUACCAAAGCUGCUAAAUCCAGUAAAUCUAGCAAAUCGGGCAAAUCUAGUAAGCAGUGAAGUGUCAACAAUAUCAGUAUAUAAUGUAUUUACUGUGGAAAAACAUCAACAUAGUUCAGUCUUGUAGCUAGAAUGGCGUUUAGUAUUAGAGAUAGGGCUGCAAUUAACAAUUAUUAAUCGGUCGAUUAUUUUUUUUUCGAUUAAUCAAUGAAUUGGAUUAAAAAAAAAACACAUUAUAAAAUUCUGCCUUUUUAUUCAGCAAUCACAAACACCAGAUUCGGCCGUUGAUGGACCAAGUGAAUAUGCAGCAAACACAGCUACGGUUACAAAAGAGGCAAAAGUGGCCAUCACUGUUUUAUGAAGUCAACGCUUCCACAUGGGAAUAUCUUGUUUGGGAAUAUCUUGUUUGGGCUUCAAAGCAAAGAUAACAGGUCCGUUUUCAUGCAUGACUAAGGAAAUGAUCACAAGAUAUUUACAUAUUUAAAUUUUUAAAAAGGGCGGCACAUGGUUAGCUAGUGGUUAGCGCGCAGACCUCACAGCUAGGAGACCAGGGUUCAAUUCCACCCUCGGCCAUCUCUGUGUGGAGUUUGCAUCCGGAUACUCCGGUUUCCUCCCACAUUCCAAAAAACAUGCUAGGUUAAUUGGCGACUCCAAAUUGUCCAUAGGUAUGAAUGUGAGUGUGAAUGGUUGUUUGUCUAUAUGUGCACUGUGAUUGGCUGGCCACCAGUCCAGGGUGUACCCCGCCUCUUGCCCGAAGGCAGCUGGGAUAGGCUCCAGCAACCCCCCUUGUGAGGAUAAGCAGUAGAAAAUGAAUGAAUGAAUGAAUUUUUAAAAAACAUUUAAUCGAUUACCAAAAUAGUUGUCGAUUAAUUGUGUCAUCCAUUAACCAUGGAUUAAUUAGAGUGCGGACCCAAGGCCCAGUUAGAACAGCAUCUUCAUAAAUAUCAACCAGCUCAGUUUUUUGCUUUAUUUAAUGGAACAUUUGUUCUACAGUGACUCAAAUUGAAAAAUAGAAAUACUUAUUACUUAUUUUUAUGUUCCAAUACGCUUUCUGUCCCGUGUCUGAUGAUAACUCGCUCACUUUUGCACAAGUCGUUUACUAGAGGGGUAUGAAGGACAAUACCGCUCUGUAAUGGUUAAUGUGAAUGAUUAAUGUGAAUGGUUAGUUGCAGAAGUUGGUGGUGAACCUAAGGGAUAUUUGAUGGCGUGUGAACAGAAUGUGAAAGCUGCACUCGAAGAAAUGUAACAAUCUUCUCAGACGAUUAUUUUUCACAACGCCUUGGCUUGGAGUCAGCUCCUCCAAACAAGCGUACAAGUCAUGUGAUGCCGUAAUGUCUUGUGAGUCAGUUCUUUAUGACAUAUACUUAUUCUGAAGCGCCUAGCCCUAUAAAUGGCAACUAUUAAGCAUUGUUUUGCUUUUAACGGCGGAUUUCAUCAUUUGUAUAUUAUCUUCAACUAACACUUACUGGAGCCUUACUAGAUGACCCGUUUUCCCAAUGAGAUAGCCCUGUUUGGGUGAUUGCCUAUGUACUGUAUGAAGCUUUGCUACAAUGAAUGUUAUUACUGUGUUGAAAGCAUACCCCUGCACCCACAGCAUAAGCUAAAUGAGUCUGGAAAAUAGUCAAAAUCAUUGAAAUCUGAUGAUAAAAUCAAACCUAAACCUGUGAUGUGUCAACUCAAGUGCAUUUUAAGUACACGAGUGGGGGAACUGUUCCCAACUUGUGUUUUUGUUUUAUUUUUUAUAGUUGGGACAUGCGCAUAUUCAGCAUUUAUUACUUCUGUAUUUAUUCUCUUCAACUUUUUCCCAGCGUUGUAACUUGACACUAAGAAAUGUCGUCAUAUGUUAUGUGCUUUACUUUUUAUUAUACGAUAUAUUCUGUAUUUGUCCAUUAUUGUGACUCACAUUUUAUAUUCAUCUUGUCACAUUAGAUUCACAUUCAUAUUGUUGUCACUCAG